UUGAUGUCUUUCCGUCGUCCCACUACCAUGCUGAGAAUUUUAGGAUACCGCCGAGGAUUUCUGCUGGUGGGAUUGCUGUCGUUGUGGAGUUCGCGGACGGCCGACGCCGGUGAGUAUCCGGAGCGUAGUGCGUUAGUUGGCGGCUCCGCUUCCCUGCCGUGCAACAUCACGCCGCCCACACUGGACGACGCCGUGGCUCUAGUGCUUUGGUACCGGGGCGACUCUGGCACGCCCAUCUUUAGUCUAGAUGCCCGCAACACUCCACCGGAUGCCGAACGCACAUUUGUCGACGACACCUUGGGAUCACGAGCCUUUUUCAACCGGUCCGGUGCCAUGGCGACGCUACAACUUCAGCCGGUCAAAGACGUGGACGACGGCGAGUAUCGCUGCAGGGUGGACUACAAGCGCUCGAGGACUCAGAACAGGAUAGUGCGUCUCAAUGUCGUUGUUCCUCCCACAGAAGUUGUGAUCACCAAUCGAACCGGGGAACCGCUACGGAACCGGCCAAUCAUCGGGCCCUUCAACGAAGGUUCGUCCCUAACACUCGUCUGCAAGGCUCUCGGUGGACGUCCGGCUCCGCACGUGACCUGGUGGCUGGGCGCCGAACUCGUGGAUGAUUCGUACUCGUCCAUGGGCGAAGGGGUGGUGCGCAACGACCUGGUCAUCGGCAAGCUUCAGCGAUCCGACCUCAUGGCCACGUACCGUUGCCAGGCAUCCAACAACAACGAAACCGUGCCCGUCUCUACGUCCGUCUCGCUCGACCUCAACCUACGUCCGUUGGAGGUGGACAUAGUGACGUCAGAAGCGGUGCUCCUAGACGGCCAGGUCGUGGACGUGGAGUGUCAGGCGAAAGGAGCACAGCCCAAAGCCGUCGUGCAGUGGUUUCUCGACGACGUGCCUCUGAAUGCGUCGGCAAGUACAAUGGCCACGGACGCAACCAAGACAACAAGCAUUCUUCACCUGGAAGCAAGAGCUGACAUGAACGGCAGACGUCUGGUUUGCAAGGGUUUCAACCCGCAUCUUCCAGACAGCGAGCUGGUGGACCACUGGAUUCUCGACGUGCACUUCAAGCCCGUGCUGCAGCUGAACAUGGUGACGAUGGAGGCCAAGGACCAGAUCAGCGAGGGCAGCAGCGUGUACUUCGACUGCAACGUGCAGGCCAAUCCUCCCGUCAAGGAGGUGGGCUGGCUCCACGAGGGCGGCCAGCUGGCCCCGUCGCCUGGCGUGCGCAUCGAGCACGUGCGCCUGGUCAUCGACAGGCUACACAAAGACCAGAAGGGAAACUACCAGUGCGUGGCCACCAACGACCUGGGUCACGGAGUUUCCGAGAAAGUCUUCCUCAUGGUCUACUAUCCUCCACGCUGUCGAGACAAGCAGAAGGGAGUGUACCACGUGGCCCGUCACGAGACCACCAGGAUCAACUGCGAGGUCGAGGCGGACCCGGGGGACGUCCGCUUCCGCUGGCAAUUCAACAACAGUCUGGAAACACUCGACAUUGUGUCGUUCAAUCAGUCUGGACCGCGCAGCAGCAGCGCUUACUACACGCCGCGCCGGAAGGCCGACUAUGGGUCUCUCAUAUGCUUCGCCUCAAAUUCGGUAGGCAAGACUGCCACGCCUUGCGUCUUCAGUAUCCUGCCGGCCGGUCCCCCGAACCCUCCGGUGAACUGCAGCGUCCCAAACGUGACCACGACCAGCGUGCUGGUCGAGUGCGAACCGGCGCCGCAGUCGGAUCCGUUGGCCGUGCACUACUUCGCGGAUGCGUACGUAGGAGCGCGCUUCAGAGCGCGCAUCACGGCCUUCGAGCCCCGCUUUGAGCUGGGAGAUCUCGAGCCUGGCUCCACGCUCAAGCUGGUAAUGCACGCUGUCAACGAGAAAGGUGCCAGCGCUGCUGUCAUCUUGGUGCUCACAACGCUGGUGUCCACCGACACGGAACUCAUAGGGCUUCUUCCUGGUGAAGCAGCAAUGGUGUCUGCCUCCAGCCCUCUACUUGGAAUUCUGCUUGGUCUCGUCGCCCUGCUCGUCGUCAUUGCUAUUGUCAUCAUCGUGAUUAUGAAAGUCAAAACGGGAAAGAAGGCUGCGGCUGCCAAGAGAGCCAAAGAUGACGAUAAAUCCCACACUCCUCUCAAAAAAGACAUUGGUGACAUCACCGAAGUGGAAGAUAAGUGCCCGGACAUUAUCCCGCCAAAGAACAUUGGAAUCGUGUCUGGCUCGGACUACAACGACAUCGAGCUGAAGUACGUGGAAACGCACAUCACAGACCGGAUGCCAUCCUACGAGAACGGCGGCGAGAAGAAGUACCAGGACACGUUCAGCGCGUCCUUGGGCCCUAAUUGCUACCUGCCCAAACAGCGGGCAGACGACUUGACGUACGCCGAGCUCAGUCUACCGCCGAGCACGCAGUCAACGUUCAGCCGCAGCGUGUCGAGGGCAGGUUGCCGGAGCGCGGCGCUAAGUUCCCCUCAGCCGGCGAUGGGACCCCACGAUCCGCCGACGGAGUACGCGGACAUCGACUUCGCGGCCACCAGAGCUCACGGUAGGGCCGCUGCUGCAUCGUCCGAAGGUGAAGCCACCCUCCGGGUAAGGUCGACAACACCGCUGGUGAGUGCUGUGUGUUCGCGGGUGUGUGUGACGCCGCCGCUGCUGCCAGCAUGGAAGCCCCCGUCGUCGAGGCUCUCCAUGUCAUCGUUGGCAAUCACGCCGCCCCGCUCAGAUACGGGGUCCUCGUCUGUACCAAGCUGGACACUGUCCGAGACCGGCGGAACUCUACCCAUGUGCUAA